AUGGAGGAUAAAGAUGAGCAGGAAAAAUUAGGAGGUUGUGGUCGCAACUGCCUAUCCAAGUGCUGCCUUUCUCGCCAAGUUAGAGUUCUCAUUGUAGGUGUUGUAACGGUUAAAAAUGUUCAUGUCGAGCAAGUAAGAACUCCAAGCCGCAAAUUGAGCACUUCUUCAAGCUCUUCUGAUUGCCUUCUCAUCCGUCAACAAUUGCAGUGGUUAAAUGUUUUAGUCAUGCCUAUCAUAAUGGUCUCAAUGGCGGAACCAUUGACUGUUCCAAUGGGGGAUGACAAGUUACAGAGCAAGUAUUUUGAAAAUGGAGAAGUGCAGUCAUCCUUUCUUGACAAACUUCUGCAGAAGUGGGACGACCGACUGCGUAGAGGUUUGUUCCACUAUGAUAUCACAACCUAUGAAAGGAAGGUCAUUCCAGGAGAAUAUGGUUUUAUAACUCAGCUGGUUGAAGGUCGGGACCUCAAGAAAAGACCUACUGAGUUCAGAGUUGACAAGGUUCUCCAACCAUUUGACGAAGCAAAAUUCAACUUCACGAAAAUUGGGCUGGAAGAAGCACUCUUUAGGUUUGAGGGAAGUGAGAACGAGAAGGCCCAAUAUUUCCAUGAUUCUCCUAUCUCCGAAUCAGACCCGCUAAAUUUCAUUGCAAUCAAUGUUAGCCCUAUUGGUCAUGGCCACGUCCUUUUGAUUCCUCGCAUAAAAAACUUGUUGCCUCAAAGGAUUGAUCAAGAGAGCUUCUUGCUUGCUUUCUAUCUGUCAAGAGAGGCUGGGAGUCCUUACUUCAAAGUAGGCUAUAACAGUCUUGGUGCUUUUGCCACCAUCAAUCACCUACACUUUCAGGCUUUUUACUUACCAAUGCUGUUACCAGCAGAGAAGGCUAUUACUGAUACCGUAACGACAUUAGGGAAUGGAGUGAGAGUCCUGCGACUUGUAAACUAUCCUGUAAAAGGCAUCGCUUUCGAAUGUGGUGAUAAUAGUAGCAUACAAGACUUAGCAGCUACUAUCUCCAAUGCUUGUAUUUACUUGCAAGAUAACAACCAUCCUUACAAUGUUCUCAUCUCUGAUUUGGGAAAGCGAGUUUUCCUCUUCCUUCAGAAUUAUGCCGAGAAACGAUCUCGAGGGGAGGUGAGCCAAGAGAUUAUGGAUAACCAAGUGAACCCAGCUGUAUGGGAAUUAAGUGGUUAUAUGGUGUUGAAGAGGAGGGAAGACUACGGCAAGGCAACUGAAGAGAGUAUGUUGGGCUUCUUGUCUCUAGUAUCCUUAUCUGAGGAGAAGUACCGAGAGCUACAGGAAAAUAUCUUGAAUGCCCUAUUUCAAGGGAAAAUUUGAUAGAAAGUAGACUCAUAACAUGUGAAAGUUCACAAUGUGGUGAUAAUUUGUGUCCUUUGUUUCUUCUUUUUUCCUCCUUUGUGAUUAUGUUCCUUCUUUGUACUGUGCAUUAAUGGAACUAGUGUGUGUAUGUAAUUGUUUUAUUAUUAUUAUUGCAAAUAAGGAUGGAAAUCUCAUGAGA